UUUUGUCUACGCAUGAGCGCCCGCCAUACCGGUCUGUUCUCCCUCAGGUCUCUGCUCCGUCCAGCUAUGUGGAGUCGAGUAUGCAGACUCCCUUAUUCCCUUUCCCUUCAUACACAUCUCGGAGUCCCUCCGCCAGAUGCCGUGAUAGUCCCGAGAGUUGCUGAACGUCUUCCCUUGGUGGAGCACGCACUUCCCAACAUUCAGGCUGUGAGAUCAUAUCACUCUGCUAUUCAUUGAUCUUUAUACUAGUCAAGCUUAUAUUAAACGUCUUGUUCAAUGUCUCGUUUCCAAAGCGAGCCGUGCCCAGUUCGACAUGCAAGAUCGCAGCGAAGCGUCAAGUUCACAACACCGCAAUCCACUACCAACGCUUGCACCUCGAGCAUCUCGCACAACAUCCUCGCGAGGUCGCCCAAACUCGAUAACCGGUAGGCCUGGUCGCUUAUCGCAUCGAUCCCGAGCGGGCUGCUGGACGUGUCGUGGACGGAAGGUGAAAUGUGACGAGGUUCAUCCGAGAUGCGGUCCCUGCAGUCGCUUAAACAGAGAUUGCGAUUGGGAACACCGCUGGAACUUCACCGAUGCGACUCCGAGUACUCAAGUCAGAUAUACCAACGUCACAACAACUGGAAACCACAUAUGGGAUCCUGAGGCACGCUCGGACUCUAACUCAAGCCCACGACCGCACCAGACCGAUAACCUACCUCCCUUUGCCAGGUUGACCACGGACGAAGACCGGGAGCGCAAAGCUGAGGGUCGCCGCCCGGGCACGUACUCAGUCAUUGCGACACCAGACAGCUUCGCGGAUCUGCCUGAAUAUGUCUCCUCAACCUCGCCAGUACGUCGCCGUCCAAGCGUGCAGUCUGGCUCAGCCUCCCUAGGCAGCUCUUUCUCUUCUGAUCCAGAUACGGUCGUGUUAGAACGCUUCGAAGAGACUCCGGCACAAACACCGCUGUCCUAUCCGACUAGCUCUCCUACGCGCCGGCCAAGUGUUCCGGAGGCCUUCCACCGCCUUUCGAUUACGUCGCCGCCGACGCUGUCAUCGCUUACAUACGCGAUGGCACCCCUCGAUCGUGGACCAAGCGCCGCUGAUGAGCACCUCCUUACCAGAUUUCGACAGUACAUUGCAAGACGCCUUACGCAGCCAAACGUGGCUAGCCUCGUCCAUAGUUCACCUCACGAGAGCUCACUGUCGGACCUUUUCGAGAUCGAAGCAGCACGCUUCAAGCCGCUGCACCACGCCAUCUGCGCAUUAAGCGCCCUCAACCUAUCUUACAGAGGUCGCUGCUCCAUGGAAGAGGCCCUGCAGCAUUAUCAGGAUGCUCUCUCCAUCGUCGCGACCCCUACCAGCCCCGAUGACUUACACUCCGACGGCGUUUUCCUUCGACACUUUUUGCUGUUCAUCUACGACAUUUGUGUGCCCAUCGAGACCGACGGCACCAGCGACGUGAUGUGGGUGCAGCAUCUCAAUCAUCUUCGGUCCAUCGCUAUAAUAAGACAUCAGCGACUAGGCCGAGAACCUCAUGGCUACCUACUAUGGUCCAUCUGUGAGCUCGACACCUACGCCUGCCUGCUUGGUGGCGGCAGCUGCGAGUUUGUACGACCCAUUGCACAGCAGAAUAUGCUCCCUUCACUGGACCAGCAGCUUCCGAGAGGCACCACGCUAUCGAGCGGAACGUACCUGAAGUACGAAGAUGAUGCAUUUUCGGCGAUACAACGCCUUGACGAAGGUGUCCUACUACAUACAGUCAAGGUAGCUGAGCUAGCAUACCAAUGUCGCCAAGAGGCGGCAGCGUUGACUGGUGGGAUGUCUCCAACCAAACAUGCACGAUGGCAGGCAAAUGUUUCUAGACUACAGAAUGAGCUGCUCAACUUCUGGGCGCGUUCGUAUCCUGAGUUCCUCAGUCCAGAGUCGCCGCAUGCAGGUCAACACUUAUCGAACGAAGUACGAUACGUCUUCGAACAUGCUUAUGUGCUUUACCAAGCCGCAGUGAUCUACUCUCGAACAUCGAUGUUCCCAGCGCAGCGUACCAUUCCCAUGGCAAACCAAAGCGAAGUGCAUGCAGACACUGAACGUCGAUGCGUCUCGGUUCUCGCGCUAGCAUCUUCACAUUUGUCAAAUGGAGAACAGGUUGGUGGUACACUAAUGGCGCAAAGGCACUUCGUGUUUCCAAUCUUCAUGGCAGGAGUCGCUACUACGCAGCCGGACGUCAAGAUUCAGGCCAUUGAUGUCAUUAAGGUCAUGGAGACCGGCGGCAUUGGACAGAACACGUACCGCACACGGCAGCUCCUUCUUGCCGUAUGCGAAGAGCAGAGGCGAGUCGCGAGCAUAGGCGGGCGCAUGGAGCAGGUUGAUUGGUUAUUGUUGGCGAAAGAGAAGGGUUUCAAUCUUGUCAAUUGCGGGCUUUGAGAGCAUUUCUCGCCUAGCAUUACGUAAGUGGUGGCAUAGCGUGGCGCUUUGGAGCCUCAACGAAACGCUAUAAGCGAAGAGCGAGGGAGUUGCUGUAGGGAAAGCUUUUCGUGCGAUGCUACUUGCAUUCGGCGUAUCGCCAUAUACGACAUUAACGAUAUCGAUGACGCGUCAGGCCUCGCUUGGCCGACUAUUUGCAAUCUGAGCACGGAUGUCUGGCGCAGGACCGACCCAUGCUCGAUCAAACGCCCAUCAUACAUCUUCUGCUUCGACCCGGCAGAGCACCUCUUCCAGAAAACCUUCCAGCAUUCCCUCCACGCCGUCACCCAUACUGACCGGCGCGACACUGUCCCAGUGGUCGAUCUCCCGGAAGAGCUUGGACACCCUGGCCAUGCAUUUACGAAUUUGAUCGUGAGUCUGUCGUUUGAGUGCCAGGUCUUCCGGCGAAGGUGUUGGAACGCCGUUUGCGCCAUUGAUGCGGCUUGAUUGGGAAGUGUUG